UUCCUGCGGCAAACGCAAGCGAAGUCGCCUACAAAAAAUGGAGAGACUUGGCUGAUGGCUCAGGCAUUUGGAGAAGCAGCAUCGCGCACAUCCACAGCUCUGCAAGAACCCUAUCUUCUCCCCUGGAUUGCAGCCCAUCAUCCAUCCGUCCAAUCCCAGAUAAGACACCCCCACAAAACCCCGUCCGGCAUCCGUACCCAAACACCCUAAAAUGCUUCUCAUUGUCUGAUGAAUUCGGGAAGGAAGGAGAAGAUUGUAGCAGAGUUGUAGGCAUAGUUUGUUUGCGGCGGUGAUAUAGUUUGAGAAGGUAGCAGGGGUUAAUUCUAGGUUUUUUUGCAAGUCCUAUUUGGUUGCCGUGCCAUGGAUCUGCCUGCCCCACCAACCAAUUAUCCGAAAACUUUAUCCUCCAUUAUCUUAAGCCGCCGUCGUCCCGACGCUGAGAGGAGGCCGCCAGGGGCGAGAAUAAACAAGUGCGCAAGCCAGCGACUCGUCUCGCCUCCACCACUCCCUCUACACCACUCCCUGCUGCUUCGACCCGACCCGCCCGGGCGCGAGCGAUCCGUCGUCGUGAGAUCCAGCACCGUCGCCGCGCCGCAGUUGGUGCCUCCGAUGACGACGCCGAGCCCGAACCCGACGAUCCGGAGGCUUGAUGUGGCCUCGCCGGUGCCGGCGGACAUCGACAUCGCCAACGCCGUCGACCCGCUUCCCAUCGCCGACAUCGCCGCCGAGCUCGGCAUCCCUCCCGAGCAUUACGAUCUCUACGGGAAGUACAAGGCCAAGGUGCUUCUGUCGGUUCUUGAUGAGCUGAAGGGGCAGCAGGACGGCUACUACGUGGUGGUCGGCGGCAUCACGCCGACACCGCUCGGGGAGGGCAAGUCAACGACUACCGUCGGCCUCUGCCAGGCACUGGGGGCGUUUCUUGACAAAAAGGUUGUCACUUGCGUCCGUCAACCAUCACAAGGACCUACCUUUGGUAUCAAGGGGGGUGCUGCUGGAGGUGGCUACAGCCAAGUUAUACCCAUGGAUGAGUUCAAUCUCCAUAUGACCGGAGAUAUCCAUGCAAUUACAGCUGCAAACAAUCUUCUUGCUGCUGCUAUCGAUACAAGGAUUUUCCAUGAAGCUUCUCAAUCAGACAAAGCUCUGUUCAAUAGAUUGUGUCCACCUAACAAAGAAGGCAAGAGGCGCUUUGCUGAUGUAAUGCUCAGACGCCUGAUUAAGCUUGGCAUCUCAAAGACAGAUCCCAAUGAGCUAACAGCGGAAGAAGUUAGACGUUUUGCAAGGCUUGAUAUUGACCCUGCAUCCAUUACUUGGAGACGGGUAAUGGAUGUGAAUGAUCGCUUCUUGAGGAAAAUCAGUGUUGGACAAGGCCCUGAAGAAAAAGGUAUGGUGAGAGAGACAGGCUUUGACAUAUCAGUGGCAAGCGAGAUAAUGGCUGUAUUAGCUCUGACAACUUCCCUUGCUGAUAUGAGGGAAAGGCUUGGAAGAAUGGUGAUAGGGAACAGCAAGUCGGGUGAGCCAGUUACAGCUGAUGAUCUUGGUCUCGGAGGUGCCCUGACUGUCCUAAUGAAAGAUGCUAUUCAUCCUACCCUAAUGCAAACUCUUGAAGGCACUCCGGUUUUGGUGCAUGCUGGACCUUUUGCUAACAUUGCUCAUGGGAACUCUUCAAUAGUUGCUGAUAAGAUUGCCUUGAAGCUGGUUGGGAAGGGUGGCUUUGUUGUUACAGAGGCAGGUUUUGGUGCUGAUAUUGGAACUGAGAAAUUCAUGGAUAUAAAGUGUCGGUAUAGUGGAUUGGCACCACAGUGUGCUAUUAUUGUGGCCACAAUUAGGGCUCUUAAAAUGCAUGGAGGGGGGCCAGAUGUUGUGGCUGGAAAGCCUUUAGAUCAUGCAUAUGUGAGUGAAAAUGUGGCUCUUGUUGAAGCUGGAUGUGUCAAUCUUGCUAAGCACAUCUCAAACACAAAGAGUUAUGGUGUCAAUGUUGUUGUUGCAAUCAACAAAUUUGCAUCAGACACUGAAGCUGAAAUGGAGGUGGUGAGAAAUGCGGCUAUGGCGGCUGGUGCUUUUGAUGCUGUCGUCUGCUCCCACCAUGCACAUGGUGGUAAAGGAGCGGUUGACCUUGGACUCGCAGUUCAACGAGCAUGUGAAAGCCAAUCAGAGCCCCUGAAGUUUUUGUAUCCUUUAGACUCUAGCAUAAAGGAGAAGAUUGAGUCAAUAGCUAGGUUCUAUGGUGCUAGUGGUGUUGAAUACUCUGAACAGGCCGAAAAGCAGAUUGAGAUGUACACCAAACAAGGCUUCUCCAGCCUCCCGAUAUGCAUGGCGAAAACACAGUACUCCUUUUCGCAUGUUCCAUCCAUGAAGGGCGCGCCAUCUGGUUUUGUACUGCCGAUAAGAGAUGUGAGGGCCAGCAUUGGAGCCGGUUUCAUCUACCCGCUCGUUGGCACCAUGAGUACAAUGCCAGGUCUUCCUACAAGGCCCUGCUUCUAUGAAAUUGACAUCGACACAGCCACUGGGAAAGUCAUGGGUCUGUCAUGAGGUGUGCCCGCACCAUUAUCUGGACUGGGUUGUGCUGUUGCGAAAUUAGCUGUGUGCAGUUACAGUUUUGGGGACAGUUCUGGAGCGGAAUAAAUAAAAAGCCUAGUUGGCUUCCUGCGAUAGUGGGAAUGCUCUGUAACUUGAUGUCUGUAAAUUUGGUUGAACCUUACCCGAUUAAACUCUUGUUCCUGAUUUGUGCCCCAUGCUUGA